UCUUCUUUCUCUCCUUUUUCACACACACACACACACACACACACAGGUGUUUCCGUUUCCGUCAGUUGCUUCACCUUGGUCGCCAUGUCCCUGGAACGCUACUUCGCCAUCUGCCAUCCUCUCUACUCCCGCCAAUGGCAGACCCUGUCGCAUGCCUACAAGACUAUCGCCGCUUGCUGGCUACUUGCCUUCGCCGUGGUAAUUCCCAUAGCCACAUACACCAAACUGGUGUCCACCUGGAAUGGUCAGAUACAUUUUUGCAGAGAGAUAUGGCCGACAAAACUGGGCAGCCAAUUGUACACCGUUUUUCUCGACUGGAUCCUCUUGAUUGUACCCAUUCUCAUCAUGUCAUGUUCAUAUGGACUAAUUGUACGGACACUGUGGUUAGGCAUCAAAAUGGACGAAAAAAUUCAAAAAGACGCAGAGAAGAGCAAAAAGAAGGAAAAGGAAAGUACGAAGAUGAUUGUGUGCAAUGAAACGACCAAGAUAAACCAAGGAGGUGACCUCAAGAAACAUGUUAAAAAAUAUACGGAAAAUAACCCGCGUCACGAUGGCGCCGACCGGAAGCAGGUAUCGAAACGAAACCCGAAACGUAAGUGUAACCAGAGUGUGACCCCAAACCAUAAUUCUAAUUUGAAUUCGAGUUCCUGCUUGCAGCAUCGGAAACGUCGGCGGUUGAACGUUGGAGGGGGAGUUCGUCAGUCUAAUAUGGGGAAAAGCGUGACCACCAAGAAGCGCGUUAUUAAAAUGCUGUGUGUGAUAGUCCUUGAGUUUUUCGUCUGUUGGUGUCCCCUGUUUUGCGUUCAGACCUGGAAGGCCUUUGACCCGCGGGGUAUUCGCCGCCACUUGACCGCCGUCGGUAUGAAUUCCAUUUAUCUUCUCGCCUAUCUCUCGUCCUGUUGUAAUCCGAUCACGUAUUGUUUCAUGAACGAGAGCUUCCGGAAGGCUUUCCUGGCCACGUUCCACUGCGUCACCAAACGCCUGCCCGGCAGCAAGGAGCGACAGCGGCACCGUCACCAGCAGCUGCAGUUGCUGCAACUUGAAAUGCAGGAUCGGCAGCAACAACAACAACAGCAGCAGCAGGAGAAGGAUCAACAGCUACAACAACAAAAACAAAAACAACAACAACAACAAGAAUACCAAGAACAACAACAGCAGCAGGAACAACAACAACGGCACUUAUUACAACAACAACAUUGUCAUCUCGAAAAACAACAGCAAGACGUCGAAAGCGAAGUGUCGAGUGACACGACGAAAUUCGAACCCGAGAACACCAGCACCGAAGCUGAUACUAUAGAGAUAUUCGACAAUGACGACGACGAUGAUGAUGACGAUUAUGAUGAUGAUGAUGACGAUGACGUCAUCACCUACAGCAGUGAUUCAGAGACUUUCUCCAAACAAUCACACUAAAAAAACAAAA